AUGAAUCUGCGUCGUUUCUCUGUGGUGCUGGUUCUGCUGGUGGGCCUUUCAACUCAGAGCAAUUCUCUGGUAAGUCUCAGAAAUACUUCUUUUUUAUUUAUUUAUUUUCAUUCAUCAUUAUUGAAGAAAGUAAUACUGCAUUUUUAAAAAUCAGGCAAAUAAAUAAGAGCACAGUUAGAGAUAGUCAGGGCUAAAAGAUGGUAAAAUUGAGUCAUAAUAAGCAGAUAAAAGUCUCAUAAAUCUACAUAUUUGGCUUUAUUGUUUUUGAGUACUGUUGUUGUUUUAUUGACAGAGAACGGUAACUUAAUCUUCUACUUUGUGUCCCUCCAGGUACAACCAAAUGAAGACGGUAACCUUUUCUCCCUCUUUCUUUCAAACGUUAAACACAAGUUUUUGCAAAAAAGAUGUUCAUGUUGAUGAAGUGCUGUUUUGAAAUUUAGAUAUGAGGAUCAAGAAGCCAAUCCGUCUCGACAUUAGCUCUAAAAUUUUGGAGGCAAAUGAAGGUAUGCCACAUAUGUACCAUGAUCUCGACUGCAUACUGCAUGCAUUUACAUACAGCUGACAUAUUGUCUUAUUCUAGGGAUAAGCCAAGAUUUGGUUGAAGGUGAUGUUGCUCUGUCUAAGAAGAGGAAUGCUAUGAGAUGCUGGAGUAACUCCUGUAAAUGGACAAAAUCCUACAGUGGACUGGUGGAAGUACCCUACAGCCUCAGCGAUUACUUCUGUGAGGACUGAGGAAUUUAUUCACAAUUCAUACCAUCAUUAUCAAACCAAUAACUAAAGAAGGAAAUGCACCGAGUGGGUAUGAGGAUGUUUGUAAGUUACUUUUUUUUAUUAUUGUAGAUGACAGUGAAAAGGCCUCAAUAAAGAAAGCCAUGGAAACGUUCCACAGGAAAACCUGUGUUCGCUUUGUUCCCUACUUGGGCCAGUCUGACUACCUCAGUAUUGAGAGUGAACUCGGGUGAGUGCAGAGAAAGAGUAAGUGGACUAUAACCAGCAGCCCCCCAGAGAUAAAACCCGUGUCUCUGUCCCCCUCUGUGCUGAAGAUGCUGGUCUACCAUCGGUAAGGACGGAGGAAAGCAGGUGCUCUCUCUGUCUGUGUACGGCUGUCUGGAUCACGGUAUCAUUCAGCAUGAACUCCUACAUGCACUUGGCUUCAACCAUGAGCACACAAGAAGUGACAGAGACCAGUUUGUCAGGAUCAACUGGGAAAACAUCCCAGCAGGUGAGCUCUCAGCCGCUCUGCAGCAGCUCAUAGAUUUGUCUGUGCAUGUUUUGCAGAGACAUUACUGAGCCAGCUUUGAUCAUUCGUGUUUUAAGACUUUCUUUUUGAUCACUGAGUGGAAGAAUAUUAUACUCCUACUGAUAAACACUUCAUGUUUGUGCAGCUCAAGCAUACAACUUCCACAAAAAGGAUACCAACAACCUGAGCACACCUUAUGAUUACUCCUCUGUUCUGCACUAUGGGAGGUAACGUCCUUUUUCUCUUCUUAUAUGAAAGCUUUUGAAUCCUUUCAUAUGUUUUAUUAGAUUUUAGGGCUCUGUCAGGGUUAAGAGAAGAUGUUGACAGCAGCAUGGUCAUGGCAAAGGAGAGUGCUGCUGUUGUUAUUUCCCCCGUGGAUUCAUUUGUUGUAUAACUGCAGCACAAAACAAUGAAUGAUUAUUGUUUAACGCCCCCAGUAUUAAAAAGUUAAAACUCUGUUCUUUCAGUUAAACUUCACUUCUGAUUCUUCUGUGCAGGACUGCCUUCUCAUCGGUGUACGGCGAAGACACCAUCACUCCCAUUCCAGACUCCUCUGUAGCAGUUGGACAAAGGAAUGAGAUGUCUGACAUGGACAUCCUCAGGGUUAACAGGUUUUAUGACUGCAGUGAGUAUCAAGAAGUUUAA